CGCGUCAGAGGCUAGCUAGCUCCACUUUGCACUACUGCUAAGUGACCUCCGCUCCUAACAUGGCUGGUGUUCGAGCCUUUGGUGUUCUUUCCAGGUUGACAUCUAGGAGAUAUGCUCUUUUCAGAGGCAGCAAUUGUCGCACCUUCUCAGUAGCUCCUGUCAUGCUAGCCCGUACACAUGUGAACUAUGAAGUCAAGGGUGAUGUUGCAGUUAUACGGAUCAACGACCCAAACUCCAAGGUUAACACAUUGUCAGUGCAAAUGCAAAAGGAGAUGACUGAAGCAAUGAAUGAAGUGUGGGACAACAAUGCUAUUCAGAGUGCUGUCCUCAUCUCCUCAAAGCCAGGAUGUUUCAUUGCAGGGGCUGAUAUCAAUAUGAUCCAGUCCUGCAAGACUGCAGAAGAGAUCACCAGACUUUCUCAGGAAGGGCAGAUGAUGUUUGAUAAGGUUGAAAAAUCUCCUAAGCCCAUUGUUGCUGCCAUCAAUGGCUCUUGCUUAGGAGGAGGCUUAGAGUUUGCCAUUUCCUGCCAGUAUAGAAUUGCAACAAAGAGCAAGAAAACAGUUCUUGGUACUCCAGAAGUAAUGCUGGGUCUUUUACCUGGAGCUGGUGGUACUCAGAGACUCCCCAAGAUGAUUGGUCUGCCCAGUGCUUUUGACAUGAUGCUAACAGGAAGAAAUAUCAGAGCAGAUAAAGCCAAAAAGAUGGGGCUUGUUGACCAACUUGUAGAUCCUUUAGGACCUGGACUGAAGAGUCCAGAGGAAAGAACAAUAGACUACCUCGAGGAAAUUGCCAUUGAAUGUGCCAGAGGAAUUGUUAACAAGAAGAUCCCUCUUCACAAAGAGAAAGGCAUGAUGCAGAAAAUUCAAGACUAUGUUAUGAGCUUUCAGAUUGUACGGAAUCAAAUUUAUAAAACAGUCUAUGGUAAGGUUAUGAAGCAGAGCAAGGGACUUUAUCCAGCCCCCCUGAAAAUUAUUGAAUGUGUGAAGACUGGACUAGAACAAGGUCCUGUAGCUGGAUACUUAGCUGAGGUUCAGAAUUUUGGUUAUUUGGGAAAAACUCCAGAAUCAGCAGCCCUGAUUGGUCUUUAUCAUGGUCAAGUUGCAUGCAAAAAGAACCACUUUGGAACUCCUCAAAGAGAAGUGAAGACUCUUGCUAUCUUGGGAGCAGGUCUGAUGGGAGCAGGUAUUGCCCAGGUGUCUGUAGACAAAGGUGUGCACACAAUACUGAAGGACACAACAGUGGAUGGACUGGCCAGGGGAGAAGAGCAGGUUUACAAAGGGCUCAAUGACAAGACCAAAAAGAAGAGCAUCACGUCAUUUGAGAGAGACUCCAUACUGUCCAACUUGACCAGCCAGGUGGAUUACAGGGGCUUUGAAAAGGCCGACAUGGUUAUUGAAGCUGUCUUUGAAGAUAUUAACAUCAAGCAUGCAGUCCUGAAGGAGGUGGAGGCUGUGGUCCCCCCCCACUGCAUAUUUGCCAGCAACACAUCUGCUCUGCCCAUCAAGGAUAUUGCUGCUGGCAGUAAGAGACCAGACAAGGUGAUUGGAAUGCACUACUUCUCUCCAGUUGACAAGAUGCAGCUCCUUGAGAUUAUAACCACUGAUCAAACGUCAAAGGACACUACAGCCUCUGCUGUGGCAGUCGGCCUGAAGCAGGGCAAAAUCAUCAUAGUUGUUAGGGAUGGACCUGGAUUCUAUACAACUAGGUGUUUGGGCCCCAUGGUGGCUGAAGCAGUGCGACUACUUCAGGAAGGGACUGACCCCAAGAAAUUAGAUGCACUCACCACAAGCUUCGGGUUCCCUGUGGGUACAGCCACAUUGGCUGAUGAGGUUGGCAUUGACGUUGCUGCCCAUGUGGCAGAGGACCUCGGCAAAGCUUUUGGCUCUCGCUUUGGCGGUGGAAAUGUGGAGGUACUGAAGACCAUGGUGGAUAAGGGAUUUAAAGGCCGCAAAUCAGGAAAGGGUUGCUACAUCUACCAGAGAGGACUCAAACGCAAAGAUGUCAACCCAGAGCUUGGUGACAUCCUUGGGAAAUACAAGAUGACACCAAAUCCUGCUGUUUCAUCAGACUCAGAUGUGCAGUACAGACUUGUGUCUCGAUUUGUCAACGAGGCCGUGCUGUGUUUGCAAGAGGGCAUUUUGAACAGCCCUGUGGAAGGAGACAUCGGGGCUGUGUUUGGCCUGGGAUUUCCCCCGUUCCUUGGAGGACCUUUCCGUUUUGUGGACAUCUUUGGCGCUGACAAACUAGUGGCAAAGAUGAGGACAUACGAAGCUGUCUAUGGGAAUCAGUUCACACCCUGCCAACUCCUACUGGAUCAUGCAAAAGAUUCUAGCAAGAAAUUUUACAAGUGACCAGCUCUCCAUGUGUGCUAGAAGAUUGCAAUGAAGCUCCCAUCUGCCUCUAGACUGUGCUGAACAUUUACAUGAGGGGAGGCAAACAUACUGAAAAUAAGCUUAGUUGCCAGUUCAUUAGGUACAACUGACUAAACCUAAUGUGGUCUAAAGCAAAAGCCCUGAGAGAAAUUAUACCUCCAUGAAGGUAAUAAUGUUGAGUGGCUGUAUUGUCCUAUAUAUAGGCGUUUUUGUUAUUUUGCCAAAUAAAAAUGAGGUGCAGAUAAGCCUGGAAAAUGAUCAUACAGUUGACUCAAGCUCCACUCUAAAGUGGUUUGGGCUAGGUGUACCUAAUAAACUGGCAGAUUGGUGUAUUUUCUGUUUGCUCCUACUUCAUGUCAUACUGGCAACUGAGUGUAAAUUUCAGCAGUAAUAGACCCCUCUUCUUUUUUUUUUUACAUUAAUAUUGAUUUACCUGAUGGCAUAUAGACUGAGGAUCCUAUGAGGGCUAACUACUCACACAUAAUGAGGCAGUCCAGACAAAAGAUUAAAUCAUUUCCAACUGGCAAAUUCUUUGUUCAUGUUGGAUGAAUGUUUAGCUGUAUGGUUCAUGCAAAUGUAAUUAAUGUCUGAACAGUUAUGUAAAUGUCAAGCGUUAAUAAAAUUGUUUGUUACUGAA